AUGAAUAGUAAAUUGGCAAUUUCAAAUUACACAUUAGACUCCAACUUAGUAUCUUCUCUCAAAAGACUAGUUUUAUACACUGUAAGGAAGUUUCCAUCAAUUCAGGGAUUCCUGCCCAAAAACAUAGGAAGGUGGCCGUAUUCCGUAAAUUUGAAAAAUCCUCAAUUAAAAAUCGCAUCAAUACCAGAAAAUAAAACUAAAUUGACAUAUUUAGGUCAUAGAACUGUCUAUAUACAGAUGAACGGAGCAACGUUCUUAACUGACCCAGUACUUUCAAAAAGACUAAUGUCAGGUGGAUUCGGAGUAAAAAGAGUGAGUAAAAAGUCAUAUAAGUACUGGGAGUUCCCCCCAGCCGAUUUUCUGCUGAUCUCCAAUAACUCCUUCGAUUGCAUUGACACAUGGACUCUGAGGAAAAUAAGUGACCAAGGAGGAGCAAUAGCAGUGGGAGGAACGAACAUAACCAGGUACCUGAACCAAUUUUACGAAAGAUUUACAUACCCACUGUCAUGGUUCGAGGAAGUAAAUUUCGGAACUGUGCGAAUAACAUUUACGCCAGCGGUGUCAGAAACGAAGAGAAAAUAUCUAUGCUGUGGAAUAGACAGAAACAAGUUGCUUUGGGGAGGCUUCUUGAUAAGAAGUGAGGACACACUGGUCUACUACGCAGGAAAAACAAAAUACUCGGACCACUUCGAGCACAUCAAAGAGUAUUUGGAAGAAAAGAAUUGUAAAAUAGAUGUAGCAAUAUUGCCAAUAGGACCGAAGCAUGAGGAAGAUAGAAACAUGAGUCCAGAGCAAGCAGUGGAUGCACACCGAAUAUUGAAACCAAAGAAAACACUAGUGGUGGCCCACGAUACAUUUCCACUAGGUAUAGAAGCAUUCGGAGAGCUUAAAACGAGAUUAAAAGCAAAGAUAAAUGAGGUGGAUCCGGGGAUUCUAGAGGAUUUCCUAAUUCUAGAAGAGGCAGAAUCAUACGAACUGGAACUAUAA